AUGGGCGAAUCACAGCUCAAGCGCCUCAAAGCGUCUCUGCGCACCGCGGGGAUCACAGGUCCCCAAAAAUCGAAAAAGCCGGCAGUCCGCGCCAAGCAGCAAGCCGCCGCCGCAGGCUCCUCCACAAAGCGCCUGGAACGCAAUGUGGCGUUGCAGAGCAUCCGCGAGGAGUUCAACCCGUUCGAGAUCAAGACGACGAGAGAGAAACACAGCAUCAGUGGCCGCGGCCAGGUUAAGGGUGCGAAGGGUCGGCCGGGGUUGAGUAAGCAGAUUGGGGAGGAGAAUAGAAAACGCACGCUCCUCGUCGAAAUGCAGCGCAAGCACAAAGCCGGCGGCAUCGUCGACCGCCGCUUCGGCGAAAACGACCCCACCAUGACGCCCGAAGAAAAGAUGCUCGAGCGCUUCACCAAGGAGAAACAGAAGCGCGCGCGGGGCGGCGACAUCUUCAACCUCGACGACGGCGACGAGGACCAGCUGACGCACUUUGGUAAGAGCCUCGGCGCCGACGAUUUCGACGACGGCAACGAGAUGAUGGCGUCCGACGACGACAUGCUUGAGCGGCGGCUGAGCAAGAAGCGGCGUCUGGACCCCGACGCGGGCCCCAACGACACUGGCAGUGGUGAUGAGGACAGCGACGGUGAGAAGAAGCCUGAGCGGAAAAAGUCAAAGGCGGAGGUCAUGAAGGAGGUCAUUGCAAAGUCGAAGCUGCACAAAUACGAGCGCCAGAAGGCGAAAGAGGACGACGAGGACGAGCGCGAGAAGCUCGACGCACAGAUGUCGGACAUCUGGGCUCUCCUCGGACGGCAGCCGGUGAUCAGAGGCGAUGCCCCGGGGACAGGCGCCAACAUGGAGCCCAUCCCAGGCCGCGAUGAACCCCGGCCGGAGAAGAAGGCUGAGGACGACGGCAAGACCAACCCGGGCAGGUUGGCGCAGAUGGAGGGCAAAGAGGACGCCGAGUACGACGCGCGCGUCAGGGAGAUGGUCUACGACAAGCGCUCGCAGCCCGCCGAGCGCACAAAGACGGCCGAGGAAAAGGCCCUCGAGGAGAGCGAGCGCCUGCGCAAGCUCGAAGAGGCCCGCCAGCGCCGCAUGCGCGGUGAGGAAGACAGCGAGGACGAGCGCACCGCCGCCAAAGAGGCUGACAUCGGCGGAGACGACGACUUUGAGUUUGGCGACGCCACAGAGUACGAUCUCGGUCGCGGUAUCCCCGACGCCGCCAUUCCUGACAAGACGCAAGAGAAUCCCGAUGAGCUGCUCGACGGCGACUACGAGGUCUCUGAGGACGGCUAUGUCGACGUUGACGAGGACGGAAAUGUCGAUGGCAGCGGCGCAGAGUUCUCCGACGACUAUGAAUCUGACGCUGAGGUCGCUGCGGGCUCCGACAAGGACGACGAAGAGGACGACUUCCUCGCCGACCUGAUGCCGCGCGCAAAGAGCACCGCCACAACCACCGGCAGCGGGGCCCUCACGCUCGACCUCACCGCGCCCUCCUCUGAGCCCUCCGACAAGCUCGCCUACACCUACCCAUGCCCGCAGACGCACGCCGAGCUCCUCUCCAUCACCGCCACCGUCCCAACCAGCGACCACCCAACCAUCAUCCAACGCAUCCGCAUCCUCCACCACCCCAAGCUCCACGCCGACAACAAAUCCAAACUCGCCGUCUUCGCCCCCGUCCUCCUCGAGCACAUCCUACACCUCUCAAACCUCACCCCCGCCACCCCACCAUUCCCCGCCCUCGAAACACUCAUCCGCCACCUCCACGCGCUGUCAAAGUCCCACCCCAUCCCCGUCGCCGAGGAAUUCCGCAACCACCUGAAAGCAGCCCACGACCGCGAGGACCUCACAUCCGCAGACCUCAUCCUCCUCACCGCCGUCGCAACGAUAUACCCAACGUCCGACCACUUCCACCAGGUCGUGACCCCGGCCACAAUCGUGCUCGCCCGCUGGCUGUCACAGACACCGCCUACGACCAUGCAGCGCCUGGCAACAGGCGCAUACCUCGCAACCCUCUGCCUGCAGUACCAGAAGCUCUCGCGGCGCUUCGUGCCCGAGGCCAUCAGCUUUGUCCUGCAAGGACUCUCCCUCCUCGCGCCCGCACCCCAAGUGCCGGUGCCGGGGAACUUCCUGUACCACGACAGCUCGGAGCUGCGGAUUACGAAGGCGCAUGUUGGUGGUGCGAGGAAGAUGGCGUUUGCGGAUAUAUUCGGGGAUGAGAAGGAGGACACGCGGUGUGUGUUGGCGUGCACGUUUCUGUCGUUGACGGAGGGCUUUGCGGCGCUGUGGGCGGGGAAGAAGGCGUUUGGGGAGGUGUUUGGGCCCGCAGCGGAGGUUGUGGCGUGGCUGGGUGGGAGGGAGUGUGGUGGGAGGUUGAGUCGGGAUGUCAAGACUAAGGUUAAAACCACCCAAAAGACCCUCACGACCGCCCUCACACACGCCACACACACCCGCCGCCCCCUCGAGCUCCACCACCACCGACCCCUACCCAUCAAGACCUUCAUCCCCAAGUUCGAAGAGUCCUACAGCGCCGACAAGCGCUCCUACGACCCUGAUAAGGAGCGCCUGCAGCUGGCCAAACUCAAGGCCGAGCACAAGCGCGAGCGCAAGGGCGCGCUGCGCGAGCUGCGCAAGGACAGCAGCUUCGUGGCGCGCGAGAAGCUCAAGGAGGACAAGAAGAAGAGCAAGGAGUACCAUGCCAAGAUGGCGAAGCUUACGGCCAUGAUACAGACGGAGGAGGGCGCGGCGGCGAAUGAGUAUAAGAGGACAAAGAAGAGGUAG